AUCCCUCCAAAAAAGAAUUUAGGUUUGGUUUCAGCAGCAGACUCACACAGUACAACUAAGACUGCAAGGUACAGACCAGAGUCAACAUGAAUUCUGUGUUACUCCUUCUGCCACUCAUAGCUGUUGCAUGCUGCCAUCCUACAGACUUAGAAACAAACUCCCUCUUAAAUGAGACUGAGACUCUUGGAAAUGACCAAGACAUGGGGUCUGCAGUGAUCCAUAGAGGAUGGACUUACCGAUUUGUGAUCACACCAAUGACCUUUGUCAAUGCUGAACUUUAUUGUCAAAGAUUUGGACGUCGAGGCCAUCUGACAUCCAUCCAUUCAUACCACAUUAACUACCUGCUACUUAAUCUUGUAAAGCGGUGUGGCUAUAAUGUAGCAUCUGUUUGGCUUGGAGGCCUACAGUUUCUGAAGACCAGUCGCUUUAUAUGGCUUGAUGGAUCACGGUGGAAUUUUGCCAGAUGGGGACCAGGGGAACCUAACAAUGCCUACGGUAAAGAAGAAUGUACAGAAAUGUAUACGUUGCAUUUCCGACCAGGCUACUGGAAUGAUAUCUUCUGCACAGUUUCUAGACCAUUCAUCUGCAAAUACUGACCUACAGUGGAGCUUAGCUGACACUUUCAGAGCAUUAUAUUAAGUGCAAAGUGCAGUGUGGCCUCAGUCUGAUAAUGGUAUAGAAUAGAAUCAGAAUGACGAUGGAAUUUAAACAUUUUUCUUAUUAUCUUUGUUUUGACUACAGUCUGAAGUAGAUUUUUGGGGAGUAGCAGGACACUUUCACCCCUUCACCCUCCUACUUAAACAUUAUCAUUCCAGAAGUGGAAGGACCUUGUGAAGAUGGGUGUUCCUUCCUCCGUAAAGCUAAGCAACUUCUGAAUGGUAAUAUAUUAAGCAAAUAUAGGGAUGGGGUAAAGCCACUCACACAUGGGCAGAAGAGGGCUUACUGUCCCAUGUGUAAAAAUCCCAUAUAUACUUUUCUGUACUUGAAGUGAUUUUUUUUUUUCAAAAUGCAAUCAAGUAUGUUUAUUUUAACAUAUGAAUAUAAGAUAUGAAUAAUACUUACUUUUUACUAUUCUGCUGAAACUGUGCAACACAUCAAAAAAUGGCUUUUGCUGUACGAUACUCCAAAGUACUUAAUGCAUUCAGGUUUGAUUUGACAUCUGCGCUCAGGGAUUUAUACUUACUGAAAUAUGACACUGCAUGCUUCUUUUUUGCUUGUUUAAGAUCUACUGAUCACAAUGUAAUAAAAGAUUCUAUGAACAUCUAAUACAAA